AUGGCCGACGCUGAAGCUAAACCGGUGGUUGAAUUCACCAAGGAUUUCCCGAAAAAAGACGCCGCCAUCGCGGCCGGGUUCAAAGAAAAAGACGUCGCCAAAGUGUUCAAAGAGGGCGGUAAAAAAGGCGUCGAAAUCGAAGGCGCCGCCGACAUGUCCGGAUUGACGUGCUUUUGCACGCGCAUCCAAAACGCCAAAGGGGAGGUGAAACUCCUCGAAGUCGCCAUGGAAGGGAUGAACGCGAUUCCAGACCCAUCCGACGAGGAGGAAAGAAAAGGGUGCUCCGGGAAGAUCUCCAAAAUUAUAAUCUCCGAAAGCGAAGAGAAAGGACAAAUCGCGAUGGUGGCGUACGUCGCCGAAGAGACGAAGGACAAGCUGAACGCGAAGGAUUGGUUGCAAGGCGUGUGCGAUUCGGAUUUGGGUGGUGGCGUCGGGGGAACCGUGGACGAAGGCGCGACGGAUACCUGGGCGACGGUCACGUGCAAGGAAGAUAAGGAGAAAUUUUUCUUUUUGAAGAUGAAGGAUAACUGCUUGGGCGCGGCGAUUGCGUAUUUGAGAGAGAGAGAUUUGUUCCAAGACGAUUCGUCCUCGGAGGAGGGCGAUAACCCGGCGGCGGACUUUGAGUGGUAA